GAGAGAGAAGAAGGAAGAGAUAAAAAGGGGUGGACCGGUGAAGCCAGAGCAGAGGGGAGAAAGAAGAAGAAGAAAGAGAGCAAAAACCAGAAGAAAAACAUCUCUCCCUCUCUGCAAACAGACACACAGAGAAAAGUGGCGGAGAUAUAGAGAUUCACAGAGAGAGACACUGUGGAAUCGCGAAUUCAGCAGUGGAAGAAGAAGAAAGAAGAAGGGUUUGUGAAUCAAAUGGCUUUUUGGAGCAUCUUUACAGUGGCUGACUGUUGAGAACUGAGAAGAGAGAGAGAGAGAGAGAGAGAGAGGAGUGUGGAGAGCAGAGGAAUCGGCGGGUAACUGGAGAGGAGAUUUUAACUAUUGUGUUUUUGGGGAGCAAAUGAAAGAGUUGUUGGAGAAGAGCUUGGAUCCACAGCUAUGGCACGCUUGUGCUGGAAGCAUGGUUCAAAUCCCACCUAUCAACACUAGAGUCUUCUAUUUCCCACAAGGCCAUGCCGAGCACUGCCAAUCCCCCGUCGAUUUCCCCUUCUCCGCCGCCGCCACCAAAAUCCCGGCCUCCAUCCUCUGCCGCGUCGCCGCCGUGAGGUUCCUCGCCGACCCGGAAACCGACGAGGUGUACACCAAGAUGAGCCUGGCUCCCCUCCCCCAAGACGAAGCAGAGCUCGAAUUCGACGACGAAAUUGGUCUCGGCAGCGGCAAUGGCAGCAGCGGAAUCCAAGAGAAACCGGCUUCCUUCGCCAAGACUCUCACCCAAUCGGACGCCAACAACGGCGGUGGAUUCUCCGUGCCGCGUUACUGCGCCGAGACAAUCUUCCCCAGGCUGGAUUACACGGCGGAUCCUCCCGUCCAGACGGUGAUAGCUAAAGACGUCCAUGGCGAGGUGUGGAAGUUCAGGCACAUCUACAGGGGAACUCCCAGGAGGCAUCUGCUGACUACAGGGUGGAGCACGUUUGUGAACCAGAAGAAAUUAGUCGCCGGGGAUUCAAUCGUGUUUCUCAGAGCUGAGAAUGGAGAUCUCUGCGUCGGUAUUCGCCGCGCCAAGCGAGGGUUUGGCGGCAGCGGGCCAGGUUGGUCCUCGUCUUCCUUUCCCCAAUCUGGUUGGGGCAUUAACGCAAACACCAACGGGGCAACAACUGGGAUGGCGAACCCGUACAGCAGCUUCUCGCUGUUUCUUAAGGAAGAUGAAAACAAGUCCAUGAGAAAUGGUGGGAAGGGAUCGACCGCGGCGUCGGGGGCGGCGACGAAGGUGAAACCGGAGGAGGUUUUGGAGGCGGCGAGAUUGGCUGCGAGUGGGCGGCCGUUUGAUGUGUACUAUUACCCGCGAGCUAGUACUCCGGAGUUCUGUGUCAAGGCUGCUUCGGCUAGAGCUGCGAUGAGAAUCAAUUGGUGCCCUGGGAUGAGGUUCAAGAUGCCAUUUGAGACUGAAGAUUCCUCCAGGAUCAGCUGGUUCAUGGCUACUGUAGCUUCUGUUCAGGUUGCUGAUCCCAUUCGCUGGCCGAAUUCGCCAUGGCGCCUUCUUCAGGUGACGUGGGACGAGCCAGAGCUGCUGCAAAAUGUGAAACGAGUCAGCCCGUGGUUGGUUGAACCGGUUACAAACAUACCGAUGAUCCAGCCAUCAGCUUUCUCCUCACCACCAAGAAAGAAGUUUCGGUUCCCGGGAGGACCAUUUGACUUCCCACUAGACGGCCAGUUUCAAUUGCCGUCGUUUUCAGGCAACAACAACCCCCUCUCGUCCAGCAGCAGCCCAUUGUGUUAUCUAGCGGAUAACAGUGCACCUGCAGGCAUACAGGGAGCCAGGCAUGCUCAUAUCGGGGUAUCUUUAUCCGAUCUCCACCACCUUAAUCACAACAAACUCCCGCAUCCAUCAUCCGGGGGACUAUUCCUACCCAAUCUCCAACACUACAAUCCACCACCACCACCACCGCCACCUCUACAUUUUUCUAGAAUCUCCGAGAGCAGCAAUGAGACGGUAUCUUGCUUGCUAACUAUUGGCCAUGGCAACUCCAGUUCUUCUUCAAGCCUCGAGAAACCAUCUGCUUCACAAGAGAAGAAGCCGUUCUUCCUCUUUGGUCAGGCGAUACUCACUGAACAGCAAAUCUCCCACAACCAUUCUAGUGAAUCCAUCUCGAGGAGUUCGUGCGACGAGAUGCAAAUCUCGUCAUUGGAGAAGUCCUCUAGUGCUAUUUCCGACGGCGGUGGACAUAAUUGCAAGGUGUUCAUAGAAUCUGAAGAUGCAGGGCGGACAAUCGACCUCACGGCCUUCGCUUCAUACGAGGAGCUGUACAGUAGGCUGGCACACAUGCUGGGAAUGGAAAGGGCCGUGAUACUGAAUCACGUUCUCUAUCGCGAUACAACUGGUGCUGUCAAACGAACCGGUGAUGAACCAUUCAGUGUGUUCUCGAGGACUGCAAGUAGAUUGACCAUACUGAUAAACCCUGCUGGGAAUGACAGUGCUUCCAGGACAUGGAUGACGCGGAGCGCUGAGAGUGGGUUGGAGGCUUCAAACAAGAGAGGGCCACUGAGUAUAUUCGCCUAGAUGAUGAAGAACCAGAAACAGAAGAAGAAGAAUAAGAAUCCUUUGGAUCUCAGGAAGGAGCUGUUAUUAUUAUAAUGAAUGUGUGAAUGUUAUGUAGUUAUGAAGCCAGAGGUUGACUGUCCUUUGCUGUGGUUGUGGAACAUGUUCUUGUCUUGUUGACUUUCUUAAGCAGAAAGCUGUAAUGUACUGGAAUUCUGAAACUUGCUUUAAGGUUUUUAAUGAAUGCUGUGCCUUUAUUGUUUAUUAUUAUGAGCAG